CCAUUCAAAUGCCAACGGCCGCCUGCGGGCAAUCAGCGCCAGCGAGCCGGCACAGGAGAGCCGCGCAGCACGGGCAGCGGCUGCCUGCGAUGGGGUCGACGGGCGGGCUGCCGCCUACGGGCGUGUGCCUUGCGCUCCGGGUCACUCGAGUGGACCCACCCCGACCCAGCUCGGUACUGGUCAGGCUGUGGGGCCGUUUCCAGCAGCGCGAAAGGCAGCCCGACUACCAGCGGAUGCACACGGAGGUCCAGAGUUGGGCCAAGGCGGUGCGGCUGGGCGACGGUGCCGAGCGCGGAGUGCCCGCCCCUCCGCUGGAAGCCAACGAGCGCUGCUUGGCUGAGAUCUGCGGCGAGUGGCACCGGGUCCGGGUGCUGAGCCGGGUGGACGACGACUAUACCGUCUUCAUGCUGGAUGAAGGCCGGGCGCUGCCGGUCCGGGCCCGCAACCUGGACCGAGGUAAGAAGGAGUUUUUCCACUUGCCGCCCGAGGCGGUCUGCUGCAUUUUGGCCAACUUGGUGCCGUCCAAAGACCCAGGAAUCUUCAUCCAGGAGGAGCAGAGGCAGCCACAACUACCGCCGCAGGACGGCGACGGGGAGGAGUCGCGGCUGCGAGCGAGCGAAGGGGUUAUCGGCGGCGAGUGGGAGGAGGAGCGCGACGCGGGCGCCAGGCCCCGGGCGGGCAAGGCCUCCUCCUGGCCGCCUGGCGCGUUGUCCUUCUUCCGCGGCCUGCAAGGGCGUACGCUGGACGCGCAGGUGGAGGCUGUAUUGCCCAACCGCUUGGUGCUGGUGGAGGUGGCGCGGGUGUCGAGGCAGCUGUGUGAGCUGGGCCUGGCGCGCACCAUCGACGCCGCCUCCUUCCGCCUGCUGGUAGAGGUGUCCACAUCGCGGCCCAGCGCCGCGCUCCGCAAGGAGUGCCUCAGCCUGCUGCCCCCGCCUUCCUCCGCCGCCCUCGGUCAGGCCCCGGGCGGGACCGAGGCCCUGCAGCCGCCCGGCGAGGUGGACUACGGCCUCAACUACUUCUACCCGCUGCUGCAACUCGGCGAAACGGUGGCGGUGAGGGUCACCCACGUCCGUUACCCCGACCGCUUCUUCUGCCAGCUGAGGUGCCACUGCCCCGAGCUGGAGCGGCUGCAAGACAGCAUGCACCGUUUCUACGAGAGCGGGCGCGGAACCGAAGCGCCUCGUAAGCUGGGCACUCCAUGCGCCACCAAGAGCACUGAUGGCCGCUGGUACCGCGCUAUCAUCCAGCACACGCUGGCCGACGGCGUGUUGGAAGUUUUCUAUGUUGAUUAUGGUGACCGUGAGGUGGUGCCGGCCCGAGCCGUACGCCGCCUCAGCCCCGGUUACUUCAAGAUGCCCGUUGUCACCUACCCAUUCGCUCUGCGCGACGUCUCGGACUACGGCCGCGGCUGGACCGUGCAUCACGUCGAACUGCUCAAAUCGCUGAUCCUGCGUAAGGUGCUGCAGGCCAAGGUGGAGUUCUACAACGCAGUGGAAAACGUAUACCUGGUCACCCUUUACCAGGAGGAUGGCCCCACCAUCAAUGCAGCUUUUUGUGCCCAAGCAGAAAGACUACUUUCUGGGUAUUGCACCCAAGAUAGGGGAAUAGGAAAUGGCUGCCAGAAACUGAAUGCUCUGCAAUGUGGCGGUGACUAUCUCGCUGAGGACAAAAGGAUAGGAGUCUCCAAAGUCAAAGAACGUGUUUCUGUACUCAAGAAUGCAAAUCUGAAACUAAAUGCAUUUUAUGAUGCUCUGGUUGAAUUUGUGAAAGAUCCUUCAGAAUUUUGGAUUCGAACCAUGGAAACAGCCCGUGAGUUUGAAAAUCUAAUGAAUAACAUUGCCAAAAACUAUGGACAAUUAGGUCGAAAUGAAGGGUUGAUAAAAAAGCCUGAGCCUGGUUUAUUAUGUUGUGCUAAAUUUAAGGCUGACAACUUGUUUUACAGAGCUGUUAUUACAGAGAUUCUUGAUGGUCAAUUCAGGGUUUUCUUCAUUGAUUAUGGAAAUAUGGAAGUCGUGAGUUGGCAUGAUGUUAAGGCCUUACUUCCAGAAUAUCGAAAACUUCCUGCCUUAGCAAUUAAAUGCUGCCUUGCUGACCUCUUUCCUAAAGAAGGAACUUGGAGUAGAGAAGCUGUUGACUAUUUUGAAAAAGCAGUGUUCGAAAAACAUCUUGUAGUUCACGUCUUGGAGAAGGAGAUGGAUAAAUAUUUGAUUGAACUGUUGGAUGUGGAAGAUGAAGGGGAACCUAGUAUAAACAAGUUAAUUUUUAAAGCAGGCUAUGCUGAUCACCAAGUCCAUAGGAUCUCAAACAUAAGUUCAAAGAAUUUAGAUGUAUUGGGCCACUGGCACAUUCCGUUUUCAUCUGGAGAAAUGUUUCCUAUGUUUGGCGGAAACAAAAUAGACAAAUUUGAACAAAGCCCAGUGACUCUUGAUGCAGCUGAGUCAUUCACAGAUUAUGGUGAUACAGCUGAAUUGGAGUCAAGUGAUUCUCUAAUCUCACUGCUAUCUGGCCAGGAAGAAUUUGAAGGUAAUGAUAGAGCAGAAAUAAUUACAGAAUCUCCUUAUAAACAAGAAUAUCUUAAAGUGGGAAGUACAGUAGAUGUACAAGUUUCUUUCAUUGAUGAGCCUGGUGACUUUUGGUGUCAGAUGACUAAAAACACACAUGAAUUGAAGAUGCUGAUGAGUAAAAUACAGGAAUAUUACAACACACAUGAUGAUCAGUUUCAGCCUGAUCAAUCUGCUUGUAUAGUAAAGUAUCCCGAGGAUGGCAGAUGGUAUAGAGCGUUAAUACUGGGAAAAAUGGUUUUAAUGGAAGUGGAUGUGUUGUAUAUUGAUUAUGGAAAUAGAGAGAGAGUAUCCAUUAGUGAUCUACGUGCAAUAAGACCAGAGUUUCUCCUUCUCAAGGGUCAGGCAUUUAGGUGCAGUCUGUAUAACAUAAUUCAACCCAUGGGUCCUGAUCCAUUCAUGUGGAAUGAAGAUUCAAUUGCUGCGUUCCAUGAAUUUAUUGAUAAUGCUUUAAGCUUGUACAUGGAGCUGAAAUGCACAGUGUAUGCAUUGACUAUUGUAGAAGAUAAAGGACUCUGUAAUAUUGUGGAUUUGAACACCCCAUUCCAAAGUGCUUGUCAAUUAUUAAUCGAGCGUGGCUUAGCCAAGUUUGUAGGAUCACCUAGUAUUCUUGCCCCUUCUGUAAGUCUUUACACUUACUAUUAUUCAACUCAUGAUGUGAAAAUUGGUAGUGAAGAAGAAAUGUAUGUGAGUCAUGUUGUAAAUCCAACAAAUUUCUACUGUCUUCUUGGUAGAAACCUGGGUAUUCUAGAUAAACUUACAGAGAAAGUUAAUAAACUGUCUGCUAAGAUGCAAGGCUAUAAUUUUACACAUGGUAUAGACCCUAUCUGUCUUGCAAAAUACACAGAUAAUCGGUGGUAUCGUGCUUUAGCGUGGCCUGUACAAAACCGGAUUCGGGUUUCAUUCGUGGACUACGGGAACAAACUAGAUGUUGAUAAGAAUGAUUUGCUUCCUAUACCCAACAGUGCAAAAGAUGUUAAAUUCUUACCCAUGCAAGCAAUUAAGUGUGGUUUAUCAGACAUACCAGCUGACUUAGCCCUUGAUGUUAUGUGGUUUAAAAAAGCUGUGAUGGAUAAACCUUUAAAAGCUGUAGUAGUUGCAAAGGAGACGGAUGGAAAACUGAUCGUUGAACUAUAUGAUGGGAACAUGCAAAUUAAUGCAAAAAUUAAAGAACAGCUUUGCCUACAGGGUACUAAUGAAACAAAAGUAAAUGGAAAUUCAGGAAGGCAAAAAAAUAAGAGUGAAAAGUCAAGCUCUCCUUAUUUGGCAAAGAGUGAUCAUGAGGCUCUCAAAAGCUGCAUAGUUGAAGAUCAAAAUGAAGACUGUGAAAUUGAAAAGUUAACUGGAUCUGUUUGCAAGCAGGGCAGAUGGAAGAAUAGGGCUGAAGUCACUUCACAGACUGAUGAAACAAGAUUAAAAAAAUGUAUUGCCAACAAAAUAGCUGCAAUGCAGACAAAAGAAUCUUCAGAUAUAGGGUCCAAUGGAGAAAUGGGGAAACAUAAAUUUGGAGGGUCUGUUGAAAGCACUAACUUAAUUACAACAUGGCCUAAGGUGAUGCAUGUUCCUCCAUUACUAAAUCCUGGAUUUAAAAGUGGAGUAUAUGUUUCACACAUUAUCAGUCCAUCUCAUUUUUUUGUUCAGCUUUCGGAAAAUGAAGAUAGGAUAAAAAUAAUGGAAAAAAAGUUGAAUGUAUGUGUUAUAAAUUGUAGAAAUGUUGGAAGCUUUAAGAUGGGAGAUGUGUGUGCAGUGUUCCCUGAAGAUGGCUCUCCAUAUAGGGCUAUAAUAACUGAAGCUCACAACGAUAAGUUUUCAGUGGAAUAUAUAGAUUAUGGUAACACAGCAACUGUCGAUGCCUCAAAAAUCUUCCCUCUUCCAGUUGAUUGCUUGGAAGUUCAGCGACUUAGCAUACCUUGUUCUCUUGCUGGAUUUCGGAAUGCAAAUUUUAGAGAAAGCAAAGUUAUUCUAUCUGAGUUUACAAAGAGAACAAAUAAAACACAGCUACAAUGUGAAUUUAUCCAACAGUUUGGACAAUUGUGGGAGAUUCACCUCUAUGACAAACAGGGAUUGUUGGCUGAUAGUUUGAAAGAUUCUUUAUAUAAAAGUGAAUUGCAAUACUCUCAGCAAUUAACUGAAUGUCCUGUAUUUGAUGUUAGGCCUGCUUCAAAGUUCAAGGCAUAUGUUCUUUCAGUUAAUUCUCCCCAGCAAUUUUGGUGUCAGUUUAAGACAACAGAGGAUGGUGUUUUUAUUGAAUCACUUGAAAGGAACAAAUGUGAACAUGAAGGUCAAUUAAAAAAUGACUUGGCUGUCAAGGCUGGGAAUCUAUGUAUGGUAAAAAGUAAAACUCACCAUAACUGGGCUACUUGUGAAAUAGUGCAAGUUCUUUCUGGAACUGUUGAAGUACUCUUUCUGAAGGAGGGCAUUAAGGAAGUUGUGAAAUAUGAAGACCUAAAAGAAAUAACACCUAAAUUUGCAUUGACUUAUGAAUGUAAAUUGUAUGGUUUGGUUCCAGUUGAUGGGAAUAGCUGGUCUGAACAAGCCACUGAACUCUUUAAAACUUCAGUUUUGCACAAAACUGUAACUGUGAAAGUAAUCAGUGUUUCAGAGGAUAAUGUAUUAGAAGUUGCUAUAUAUGAGAACUUGGAAAAUAUCAUGAGAAACAAAUUAACUGCUUCAGGGCUAGGUGUUGAGAAAUUGAAUGAGAGUUUGCCUAACACUAUCAACUUUGGACGUUACAUCAGAAAAAUGCCUUUAAUGGGACAAGCUAUUGAAGGAUAUAUCACAGCAGUGGAAAGUCCUAGCUAUUUCUGGUGCCAAUAUUCAAUGCCUGAAAUUCGGAUGCUUUCUGAAAAGAUGCGUGAAGUUGGAGUAUUUGGUAUUACAGAUAAAGAAUUAUUUUCCACCAUCUCAAUUGGUGACAGUUGUGCUUGUAAAUAUUCUGAAGAUGACCUCUGGUACAGGGCUGAAGUAAAAAAUAUAAAUGGCAACAUGCUAACAUUGCAAUAUGUCGACUAUGGGAAUGAAGAUGAUGUUGAACUAGAGCAGGUUAAAAGGAUACCCAAGGAGCUGCUGAAGAUUCCUACCCAGUGUUUUCCAUGUUCCCUGUUUGGGUAUGAUUUGUCAAAAGGCUGCUGGAAAGAUGGUGCAAUGGAUGUACUUGUUGAAUUUUCAAAUCAUUUGUUAAAUAUUUCUGUGAUAGAAAAUGAGCGUGGAAAAGGAAAUGCCUCAUUUUUAUCACAUGUCCAAGUCCAAUAUGCUGGCGGCAUAAUUAAUGAUGUUUUGAGAGACUUAUGGAUUCCUCAUCAUGGAAGCGAUCAGGUAUGUGACAAUUCAUUAAGUGCUGAGCUGUUAACUCCUGUGCAGUCAACUGCUGGGAUCCAGAAUGACGAAGAUAACUUCAUGUGGCCUACACAUUUGAAGGGAUCAAAUAAAGACAGCACUAUCAUUUUUACACAAAAUGAAAACGAGGAAAAAGUAAACUCUAAAAUUCUACCUGUACACAUAAAGGAGGGAGAUUGCAUAAUUAAUGUUCAGUGUAUUGAGUUGUCUCCAGUAGUGGAUAGUAUGACCAAUGGAAUAGAAGCGCUACAUACAUCAAAGAUGAGUGAACCUUUUGAGCAGUGUUCAGUUAUGGCUGAGGGCAAUACUAAAAAUGUCCAUUUAAGCUCUACCAAUGAAAUGUCUUCAGUACUGAACUGUGUGAAUGGAAACACUUCAAACCAGCAACCUGAAGAUGCAGAUCUUAAGAAGCCACUCUCAGAAGAAGAACCAAUCAAAGUGUGUGAAGAUUUGCAGGGUUCAGUGCAGUCUAUUGAUCUGUAUGAAGAGAUUUUUAAAUGCCACAGUGAUCAGCUUCUUACUGAGGAGAUUGGUGAUGAUUCUAUGACCCGUAUUCUCAUAUCUCAUGAUGAUGAUGAGGACUACUAUGAAGAUCAAAACUUGCCUGAAGCCCAAGUCAACAGCAGCUUAAUAGAGGACCAGUUUGUGACAGACAUUGGGAUGAAUAUCUGCUUGGAAGAAGAAAGCAAAAUUCUAUCUGGUGAAAGUCUUGAAGUGAUGAAUGAAGGAAAACACAAAGAUUUUGAAAAAAAUGAGAACAAAAGUAUUCUGUUAGAUGAUCCUUUAUCUGCAACAGGUGAUAGCAACACUGUACAAGAAUCAUCUUCAUUGAUGCUUCGGCCUGAAUCCGAAUUUUCUCACCAUUUGCAUCAAUAUGAGAAUGAACAUCAGGACACUAAGUCAAGCUCCUUUAAUUACAGUACUUCUGUCUCUGAGAAAGAAAUGGUUGUCUCUGAAGUUAAUUGUGAGAAAGGUGAUGGUCAAACUGUGCCUUCUAGCACUGUCAUUGAACUGGAUGAAGAACAAUUGAUCCAUGGGACCAGUACUGAAGUUACAGACGUUGUGUUUUCUUCUACUAAAUCGGAUGUUGCAUUGCUUGAGCACUUUGAAGAUUAAAAACCCAGAC